AAGCAGUAAAAACGGCCUCGUAUUGUGGCUCUUCUCGAAAAUCUGUUGAAGCCACGCUCUGGACAAACAUAUACGUUUCUGAACGGAGCUUUGCUUUCACAACGGAGGCUGAAGCAGGAGUGGCAAUGGCUUCGGACAAGGGAGAGAAGCGGGGAAAGGAAGGGAGGAAUCUGUUGGGUCCACCUAGUUUUAACGAGCUUGAGAACGGUAGGCUCAAGUGUGUGGAGACAGGCCACGAGAUGCUACUCAAAGACAAGGACUCAUAUUCUCAGUCCAAACGGUGCCGUUUAGGUCUCAUCGACUUCUCUCUGUCUCACAAUAAGCCCCCCCUUAACAUGUUCAAGCAAGACCCUCUCUCCCGUUCAAAGUUGAUAUGUAAGCUAACGGGUGAUACGGUUAACAAGACUGAAGAACACAUCUGGAAGCAUAUUAAUGGGAAACGCUUCCUCAACAAGCUAGAACAAAUGGAAACUGAAAAACUUGAAUCAAUUGGAGCAUCAGGAGAAGAAAAAGCAAAGACAGGUGCCAGUCAUGCAAAUAAGAAGAAUAGGAAAAAGAAGGGAAAAGAGGUUGAAAAAAUUAUCUCUGAAGUAAGGGAGUCUCCACAUAAGGAGAGUGAUUUGGAAGUAGCCAACUUUUGGGUGCCUCCUAUUGGAGAACGCUGGGACUAUGAUGAUGGUGGAGAUCGAUGGGGUUCAGGCUCAGAGUCAGGGGAGGAAAGUGAUGAAGAAAAUGAAUCAGAUGGCACAGUUGAAGAUGGUAUGAAGGAAUCAAAGGAGCUUUCUGUUCAAACAAAGAGAAUGUCCAUAGAAAUUGGACCAAGCAGCUUUGCCUCAAGGAAGAAGAAGAGUAGGAAGGAAAAAUCUUUAUCUUAAUUUUUCUUAUGUGAUAGCCUUUUCUGCUAGUUAUCUAUGGCAGAUUCUGAUUCCAGGUUGAUUCUAGUCCCAAGAAUAAUGGGAAAUUUUAGGACUGUAUAGAUAGAGAUUUGAACCCAAAAUGCUUCCAUAGUAAUAGAUAAUUUUUUCUGCUUAUUUAUAUAGAUAUUUUUGUUUUCAUGUCCCAA